GCACUUCCGGUUCCGCUUACAACAAACUCGAAUCCCGCGCUGCUCAAAGACUCUGUUUAGAAUAAAACUGAGAGAAAGGAGUGCAUUUUACAAAUGGAUCAUGAAACUGAAUUAGAAUCGGUUCACCUUACAGAAAAAUACCCAAAUAAUUGUAUUGAUUCUGACCAACAGGACUCCACUAGCCAAACAGCUACAGAUGAAGCAAUCACCAAUCAACCACAGUCAUUCAUAUUGUUAGAUCCUUCGAUACACGCACUUGAGAAUGUUUGGUCUUUAACAGACGAAAAUCAAGUUGUAAUUCAUAAAUAUAAUUUGAGGAAGAAUGAAAUAAUUGACGAAGAGGCUGAGCAUAGAUAUGAAAUAAUUGAUGUUUCAAAAAAAAUUCUUAUCCGAGAUAAAAAACUAUUAAUUGAAAUGAUAAAUCCUAAUAGUAAUCUCUUCAUGUGCCUUGGAACAUCGUGUUCACCUUGUAAACGUUGCAAUUUCAAAAGCGUUGUUUACUGUCCCCCUGGAAAUAUAAUCGGUUAUAUUGUUAGGCAAAGAUCUUGCUGCUUACAAGAAUUUGAAUUACUUAACAGUGAAAAUAGUCCUUUGCUAACAAUAAAGGGCUGUCCUAGGGAUUUACAAGUAUAUCCCCCAAACCUUUCUGGAAGCCUUGGUAGGAUAUCUGCUCGAUGGUGGAGAGGUAUAAUGCACGAGGUUAGAAGAUCUGAAAAUGAUUUAGGAGUUACUUUUCCUUUAGAUCUUGAUAUUCGAGUGAAGAUACUACUUAUUUGCUCUGCAUUCUGCAUUGACUGGAUAUAUCCAGAGCAUACCACAAAUCGACAUAGGUGGCAAGAUGGAGAAACGAUUCCAAAAGUUCAGGAAAAUGCGGUUGAAAAGAAAACUGAGGAAACAAUUAAAUAG